AUGGGUAUUCCAAAGGCCUAUUACCAGUUCGGUUCAUCGACGAUGGUAGACCAAACCUUCGAUCAAAGCAUGAACUUCUGGGGAAAUAUGCAAAUGCACAUGGGCAUCAUCGCCGCCUCCGUACCUUGCCUCAAGCCACUCUUCAAGAAGAGCUCGAACUCCACCAGUAACAACAACAACCAGUACGAUGACAUCGAACGUGCCCAAACGUACGGCAGUGGAAGGCCAAGCAAGCGUCGCAGGACCUUCUUGACAACGAAUGGAACACUGAAUGGCAACGAGAAUUUCGAAUUGACAUCCAGGACUAGCGUACGAGAGAGUGUGUUGGGGAACUUCUCGACUUCUGGUCAGGGCAAGAAGAACGCUGUCUACAGUGUCACUGAGGAGCGAGUUGGAAGCGAGGACAACAUCCUCGACGACAAAGAGGAUCUAAAGGGCAUCAUGCGCACAAGAGAAGUGACUGUCCAACACGCAGAGAAGGCAGACCAGAAGUGGCCAUUGGGGCAAUGA